CUCCUUCUGGGUGGUCGGGUUCUGGGCGUGUCCUCCGCCUCUCCUUCACCCCACACCUGGGUCCUCCCCGCAGCCUUCCAGCCCCGCCUCUGCCGGACUCCUGCUGGGGCCUUCUUCCGACCCUGACAUCCCGCUUCUUUGUUUUGCUUUUGUUCUGAGACAGACUUUCUCUGUGUAGCCCUGGCUGGUCUGUAAACCAGGCUGGUCUUGAACUCAGUGAUCUCCCUUCACUGAAAUUAAAGUCAUGCCCUUCCUUGAUUUGCAGAAAAAGCUGGGCAUCAGCCUAGAUCGUCACUUUACGUACCAAAGUGUUGAGCAGCCCUUCAAGAUUCCCGCUCGAUGCCACGCUUUUGAGAAAGAAUGGAUAGAAUGUGCACAUGCCAUUGGUUCUACCCGGGCUAAAACAGAGUGCAAGAUAGAAUAUGAAGAUUUCAAAGAAUGUUAUCUUCGGCACAAAACGCUAAGGCGAAUGAAUGCCAUCAGGCAACAGCGGGAAAAGCUAAUGAAAGAGGGAAAAUAUACCCUUCCACCUUACCAUUCGGGCAAGGAAGAACCCAGGCCCUGAGCAGAGUAGCUGCAAGCUGCUUUUCAUGUUCUGUUUUCCACUGGAAAGAAUGUUUAAUAAGAGCUUCUUCCUCAAGUAUGUAAAAAUAAAGAAUUACUCAAUCUUU